CAAACCUUAUGUUAAUGAGGCAUCUUUUCUAAAGGGUUGAACUAUUCCUGAAUCACCCAAUUUAUUAAUCAAACAUGGCUUGUAGUGAACAAGACAAGCUGGGACAAGCAUUUGAAGAUGCUUUUGAUGUGUUGAGGCAACAUUCAGCAGGCAACCUUCAGUGCGCUCCAGACUACAAAAAUUACCUGGCUUUCAUCAACCACUGCGCUCAGGUCCGAGGGAGCCCCAGCUGCCUUGGAGUGCUGCCGGCAGAGGAACCUGCCUGUACCUGGAAAGCCAUCAUCAACAAUGUUGCAGACUACUGUGUGGAAGCAAAUAUCCAUCCAUCCCUGCAGAAUGUCGCUGAAAACCAGCUAAUGCAACCUGCCGCUCUCCAGCAAAAGGUC